AAAAAAAAAGAACACAUUCCUCAAAUACUGCACUCUUUUCCAUCUUCUCAGCAAGUAGAGAUCCUCUUUAACACAUUUUUUUAGUUGGUGGUGAGAUCACUGUGGAUUGUUACUGGAGCCAUCCCGGGUGCUGUUAGACUUCUGUGUAGCAGUUCUCCUUCAAAUGUUCUCCUCCCAAAUGAACCAAAUUGUGGUGUGGAAAGAUUUGGCACUGACAUAUUAAGGCUUUUUUAAACACGAAAAAAUUUGAACGAAUUAGAUCGCCAUUUGUUUUUUUAUCAAAUGUUUAUCUUUUCUAUAACAUCUUUGGAUCAUGUCGAAAAAAAUGAAUAUUUUAAAGGGACUUUACUGACAUCUAGUGGUUGAAAAAAGUGACGCAUUGACGUCACCGUCGUCCAAACAACACCACGUGCCCUCCACAGUCGGAGCAAAGAUGGCGUCUUUGAUCUGCUGUGAAACGCAGAGCAGGGUGAGUUCGGUGCUAAACAGAGAUGGAAAGAACUACGGAAAGAAGAACAUGUUCGACUGUGAUGAGGAAACCUGCUGGAACUCAGACCAGGGUGAGUGCCAGUGGGUGUCGCUGGAGUUUCCCGGGCCUGUACGGGUGUCAGAAGUUAAAGUCCAGUUUCAGGGAGGCUUUUCAGCCAAAACCUGCAGAUUAGAAGGGGGCUUGAAAAAUGGCGACUUCACCGAGCUCGACCAGUUUUACCCAGAAGACAACAACGCCCUUCAGAGCUUUCCCAUACAGGAGGCCACUACAGUGAACAAAGUCAAAAUAUUUUUUGAGAACAGUGUUGACUUUUUUGGGAGAAUUAUUGUUUAUUCCCUGGAUGUCCUCGGGGAAAAGGCCUCAUGACCGUUUCCUCCAUGCUGGUGAGAGACGUAAAGGAGAACGGGUCCUACGGAAAUUCUUGUCUUACGCUGCCCCCUUGAGAACUCUAGGAAAUCUGUCUUUUCUUUGGCAUAAGUGCCUUCAUGGACGGAACUGCCAAUCCCCCACAUCUCAAAUCAAUCGGAUGCUUUGGUUUUGAAUGCAUCUGUUUCUGAGACUGGAUUAAGGCAUCAACAUGUCUGCAAAGGAGCAUUUUUAAAAACUUUAUUGCAGUUUUUUUAAGACAAAAUAUUUCUACUGCACAGCAAUAGCAUGUCAUACCUCUUCUCUAGACAUUUGACAUAAUGUAAUCAAGUGUAUUCAAAUGGAAUAAACUGCUUUUACAUCAA